AUGUCCUCCCCCGCCACCCGCCGCCGCCGCCCACCGCCGCCGCCCCCGGCGUGGACGCCGGAGCCCUGGAGCGACGGCGAGACGUCCGCGCUGCUCGAGGCGUGGGGCCCGCGCCACCUCCGCGCCGGCGGCGGGCCCCUCCUCACCGCCGACUGGCGCGCCUGCGCCGCCGCCGUCGCCGCCCGCCGCGCCGCGGGGGGCCGCGCGCCGCGCACCGUCGACCAGUGCAAGAACCGCAUGGACUACCUCAAGAAGCGUCUCAAGGCCCUGCGCCUCGGGCCCUCGCCGCCGCCGCCGCUCUCCGGCUACCUCCGCCGCCUGCGCAAGCUCCUCCGCCAGGCCCCCUCCGUCCCCUUCGGCGUCUCGCACCGCCGCCACGCCCCGUUCGGCCGGCGGAGGACGGCGGUGGCGCUGUCGCCGGUGAGCCCCUCCGUGGGGCACUCCCACGGCAACGCAGCCGCGGGCUGCACGGAGGUGGCGGCCGCCCUGGACAGGCUGGCGGGCACGUACGAGCGGGUCGAGGCCGCCAAGCAGAGGGAGGCGGCGCGGCUGGAGGAGCGGCGCCUGGAGGCCAUCCGCGACCUGGAGAUCGAGCGCUUGCGGGUCCUCGUCGACGUCGCCGUCCCCGCCCCCGCAGAUGCGGAAACCCCGUCCGCCGCUCCCGCUCCCGCCGCCGCCUCGCCGGCGGCGGCCUAG